GAAGAGAGAAAGAAACUGAAGCAGCAGCAGAGAGAAAAACAAUGGAGGGAGGCGGAAGUGGCGGCGGCGGCGGCGGCGGCGUUAGGCUUCAUGUCGGAGGAUUAGGAGAAAGCGUCGGGAGAGACGAUCUUCUCAAGAUCUUCUCUCCCAUGGGCUUCGUCGAAGCUGUUGAAUUUGUCAGGACCAAAGGUCGCUCCUUUGCUUACAUCGACUUCUCUCCCGCCUCCGAGAACUCACUCACUAAGCUCUUCUCCACGUAUAAUGGAUGUAAGUGGAAAGGAGGGAAGCUGCGGCUGGAGAAAGCGAAAGAGCAUUACAUGGCUCGCUUGAAGAGGGAAUGGGCAGAGUCAGCUUCUGUUUCUGCUUCUUCUGAUGACACUGUUAAAGCUCCCGAGAAGUUAACUCCUUCCACUCACCUUAACAUCUUCUUUCCCAGACUCAGAAAGGUGAAAGCUAUGCCACUAAGUGGAACUGGCAAACAUAAGUAUAGCUUCCAGCGUGUUGCGGUGCCUUCUCUUCUUCCCAAGACCUUUUGCGAUUGUGAAGAGCACUCUGCUUCUCUCACUCCUCAGGAAACUCAUGCCCGUGAUGUGGAAGCGCUUAAUGUGGGGAUAAAUGAAGAAGAGGUGAAUAUUAUGAACUCCGUGAUGAAUAAGCUUCUUCAGAAAGACGACAUCGUCAUCAAUGAGAAAGAUGACAUCAUCGUAGAUACCAAAGAUAACAUUUUGAUCAAUGUGGUAUCUAAUGGGAAGGACAUGAUGGACGCAGAGCUGAGUAACUUGUCAAGAAAACGGAAAUCAAUGCUCGAUCAAACACCAGCAGAAGGAUGUACUGAGGGACAUAAGGGGAACAACAUUCAUCCAAACAAAAAGAGGCAAUCAAUCAUCCCAGAGGGAAGUGGAAGACAGGAAGCUUCACAGGCCAUACGUGAAAAGAAGAAACCUUCUGAAGUCGAUCCGGAUGAACCAAGCAGGACAACAGGCGUCAAGAAGUCGAAUGACAAUAUUUCCUGGUCUCAAAAGUCUUCCUGGAAAGCACUUGUGGCCAAUGGAAACAGCAGUAAUUUUAGCGUAUCCAGUUUUUUGCCAGAUGUUAGCUCCAGUAAAGCAGUACAACCUGCAUCAGACACUGAUGUUGAAGGUUCAGACCAUUCAGAGUCAGAGGAUACUGACGUUGUAGAUUCAGACCACUCAGAGUCAGAAGAUAAUGACGUUGAAGGUUCAGACUACUCAGAGUCGGAAGAUGCUGAUGUUGAAGGUCCAGACCACUCAGAGUCAGAAGAUAAUGGCGUUGUAGGUUCAGACCACCCUGAGUCAGAAGAUGAUGAUGUUGAAGGUUCAGAGCACCCAGAGUCGGAAGAUGCUGACGUUGAAGGUUCAGACUACUCAGAGUCAGAAGACGCUGACGUUGAAGGUUCAGACCACUCAGAGUCAGAAGAUGCUGACGUUGAAGGUUCAGACCACUCAGAGUCAGAAGAUGCUGACGUUGAAAGUUCAGACCACCCAGAGUCAGAAGAUGCUGACGUUGCUGACAUAGAUGUGGAUGCUGAGACAGUGGAACUUGCAGCAAGCACCGAGGGCGAUAGUGAGGAUGGAAGUUUGAACGUGGAAAAGGAUGAGAAUGUGGCAGAUGAUUUGAAUGCAGAAAAGGAAAGCUUAGUCUUGGAAGAUAGCGUGGAUCAUGAUGUGAACGAAGAAGAGACAAAGAAAGGACAGCUGGAAGAUAGUAAGAAGUCAGCAGGAGCCUCAUCAUGGCUUCAGAAGGCUUCUUGGACUCAGCUGGUUAGGGACCAGAAUGCUUCAUUCAGUAUUACUCAACUCUUCCCGAAUCUACCUCCUGAGAAGACCGAAGCAGAUAGAGUGAACAGCAGUGGAGAUGGCCAGUUCACCUACUCUAACAAGAGUGGAAGUGCCAAUGGUGUUGAGGCUGCGGGAGUCCACGGGGCUAGUAGUAGUACCCCUCUGAGAAGUUUAAAGGAGAAUCAGCAGAUUGUGAAGGCUAAGAAUGUGAGUGGAGGAAGUAGAUUGGGUGUGAAGAGGCCGAUUAGGAGAGAGAUUGGAUCAGGGGAGAGUUGCGCUUUUAUGAGAAGCGAGACUUCUGUGAGCGAGUGGAAAAGGGCUAAGAAGGCAUUGAGCGAGCCAAGCAGAAAGAAGAAAAGUGAAGAAUGAGUUGGAUUGUAACAGAUCUAUAGGCUCUUCAGAUUAUGUAUUCAUCUACGGUUUUUGUGUUCUUUAUACAUUUUGUUCUCUUUAUACAUUUUGUGCUCUUUAUUUAAGUUAUUCACGUUCACUGGU